GCUACUUCUGGUCUAUGGGAAGGCAGCUUAAAAAUAGCAGCCUGGCUCUGUCUCUGCAAAGAGCCGGGCAGGCUGUGACAAUAAGUGGAAAACACCGGCGCUCAGGCACCUAACCGCAGGGCUGCAACUGGCGUGGGGAGGGAGGAGAGGCGUGCAAGAGAGGGAAAUGCUGCUAAAAAAAUUGCAGAGAAGGGCUUUGAUGGACUGAAUUAUUCGGUUUCACUGUGUCUAUCCCCCGUCUCAAGCUGAAUGGGGUCAAUUUCCUUUAAACACCCGCACGCACCCAGUGCACAAAAGAAGAGCAAAGGUCUCAAGCCAUGAAAACUCUGCAGGCUUCUGCUCCGCUUUCCCAGGGGUGAGGAGGAAGCAUAUGGCCCAGAAGAGCCGGUGGCAGGUGACGGGAGAGGGUCCAACCGCGGCAGGGAGGUGCUCUGCCUGUGCAAUGCCCCGACCCGCUGCCCACAGCCCCGGCUUGCCCUCACGAGACCGCCUGGCCCCAGGCCCCGCCUGGCAAUGAACGACCCAGCCGCCAUGCUGCACGCAGAGGGGAAUGCCCUGCUGAAGGCCGUGUGGCAGGGCAAGUUCCGCCUCACUCGCCUCUUGUUGGAAGGCGGGGCCUACAUCAACGAGGGCAAUGCGCAGGGCGAGACGCCGCUGAUCGCUGCCUGCCUGGCCCACUACGACGACCCGCACAACAAGCCCCGCAUGGUGCGCUACCUGCUGGAGAAUGGCGCCGACCCCAACAUCCCCGACAAGAUGGGUAAGACGGCCCUGAUGCACGCCUGCGCCGACCGGGCUGGGCCCUCGGUGGCUUCGGUCCUGCUGGAGCACGGGGCCGACCCCAGUGCCAGGGACUACGCGGGGGCAUCAGCCCUGGUGUACGCCAUCAACCGGGGCGACCGGGAGACCUUGCAGGUGCUGCUGGACGCCUGCAAGGCCAAGGGAAAGGAGGUGAUCAUCAUCACCACCGACACGUCCCCCUCGGGCACCAAGAAGACCAAGCAGUACUUGAACUCACCUCCCUCCCCAGGCCUAGAGGAGAAGUCGCCUGCCCUGUGCAUGUCACCCUCUGACAUCGAAGUCAAGACCACCCAGUCACCCGGGGCCAGCGAGAAGGAGGAGGCGAGGGACGUCUUCAACUUCACCAUGGCCACCCGUCUGACCUGCCCCCCGCCGCCUCUUCCUAAGGGGCUGGAGGCCGAGGCUUCCGCGGAGCAGCCGCCGGCAGCCACGCUGCCCAAGGGCCGGCCCAGGCAACUCAAGAGACUCAACUCGGAGCCAUGGGGGCUGGUGGCGCCCUCCGCCUUGGCCGCCUCCCAUCCAGAGAAGGCCCGGACGCCGGAGGAGAGGAUCACGGCUGAGAUGAACGGCUUGAGCAUCACCAAGAGGUCCGUGCUGUCACGAAGGCACAGCAUCGAGGGCCAGGAGCCCCCCGGUUUCAAGAUGUUUGCCCCCCACGGCUCUGGGGAAGAGGCCCCAGGUCUGGAGGCAUCCUGGGCCGAGAAGGUUCAUUUCGGCCACCUCCACCAGCCUCUGUCACGGCGCAACACAGCCCCCGAGGCCCAGGAGAGCGGGGGUGGCCCAGCGCCCGGUCUGCGGGGCGUGGCCCACCAUAAGCUGGCCCGCAUGGAGCACUGCGAGUCGGACGCGCACCUCUGCCCGGACUCCAUCCCCGGCUCCCCGGAUUCAGGCCGCAUCUCCCUGGAGAGAAGGAAAUACAAUGCCUCCCCCCUGACCCUGCCAGCCAGCUCCUCCCGGGAGUCCCUAGAAAGCAUCCCCAGCGCCGUGUCCCCCAUGACAGGGCGGCGUCGCUCCCCGGGGCUGCUGGAGAGGAGAGGAUCGGGGACCUUCCUCCUGGAUCACAUUGCCCACACCCGGCCUGGCUUCCUGCCCCCACUCAACAUCAACCCCCACCCUCCCAUCCCUGACAUCCGGGCCAACGGCCGGCCCCCCUCGCCCGUGCACAGGGGGCUCGUCCCCAUGGCCCCCAGCUCCCCCAAGGCAAAGAAGAAGCUGUUCAGAAGGCAUUCUAUGCAGACGGAACAGAUCAAACAGCUGGUCAAUUUCCAGAACCUGGUGGCCCAGGGCGACCCAGCCACUUAAAGGGACAGAAGCCUCAACAAGGGAAAGGAAAAGAGGCCUAGAUUUAUUCUAUCCCCAUCCCAUUUGUUGCUCCUGGAGUGGGGAGGAGCUGGAGACACCCCCCAUCCCAUCUCUCCCACCCCAUUCUGGGUGCCGAGCCCAUUGUGUCUGGGUUGCUGUGUAUCCUCUGCCUUGCUGUGUAUCUAUCCUAGCGACGGGCCGCGCCCAGGUCCAGGGAAUCUGACCAGAACAGGAGCAUUCCAGUGGGCCAGGAUCCCCACGCGACCAACUUCUGGAUGGCACUGGGUCCCUUCGGUGGAGGCCUGGAUGUUGCGGUCUGGCAGCGGAACGCCCUGAAGCAUUACCGCCCGUGACUGUGCCACAUGGCCACAGAGCGCUGGGAAACCUGGCCUAUGCUGGGGGUGGGACGGUGACAGCUUCUAACGGCUGCUCCCAUGUGCCAGUCAGGAAACCAGAGGGGAGGCGCGUGGGUCCCGUCCCUCCAGUCCUGCCAGGCACGGCCUGGAGAUGCAGAGGAGGGGAAGGAAAAAGGGAAUGAAAGGGUCGAUUUGGGUUCAAGAUCAGGAACGUGGCCAGCCGGAGCAUCUUCCAAUUUCCGGCAGCGGUUUGUGCCUGAUCCAGGUUCAAAGCCGAAGGCAGCCCUGCUCGGUUUGCGUGGCUCUCCGACCUGGAAGGCAGCGGCGGCGAUCCUAAAGACAGGCACACACACCCCGCCCCCGGUGGCCUUGCACCCCACCUGCUGCUCCCUGCAAUAUCCUAUUGAUUAGUGUGAAUGCCGUCGGGACUCCUGGGUUCGCGCCCCACCUCUGAGGGGGCAGCGUUGUCUGGCAGGAGCAGUAAAAGGAGACCUGGGGCUACGUUUGCAAAAAGGCUAGUGAUUUGGAAUGCCCACUGGAAACCAGGCCCCUUCGAGGCGUCUCAGAUGGGAGCACUUAAAAACAGACACACUUUAGGCACGGGGCUCUGUUCCCAGCUCCAGGAGGGGGAGUGUUGUCUAGUGGUCAGAGGACUGGGCGCUAACGACUCUCGGGUUCUCUGCCUGUCUCUGCCACUGAUUCACUGGGUAACUGUGGACUAGUGACGCUCCCUCCCCGUGCCUCAGUCUCCCCCACCUGGCAAACGGAGGGAAUGAUACCGACCUGUGUCUGUAAAGCACUUGGAGAUCAGACGUGCUCUAGAAAUGCUACGUCCUAUUUGUUAUUUAUUUAGCAUUCGGUCUCUGGCAGAGCCGCACCCCUAGACAAAGCAAUAUGACUGGGGACGCACAAGAAGUUACCCCCAAACAUUAGUGGGAGGGCUGGAAUAAACCCUCUAGGCACAAGGUGCAGGAUUGAGCAGAGCAUCACUGAUGCAGCAGGGAAACCAUUUCAGGGGGGAGUGAGGGCACUGAGUGUAAAUAGGCAUAGACACCCAUUGCCAACCCUACAGUGCAGACCCAGUGCACUGGCGUGGGUUACCCUGCUUUUCCACCAGGGGAAGCUGUGGAAUUGUGCAUUGUCAUUGUGCAUUGCACAACUGCAGUGGUGCAAACAAACCCCAAGUCCUCAAAGGUCUUUAGGUGCCUGACUCCCAGCGGGAAGAUCUGGCCCCUAGUUACCAAGCUAUGAAUCUGCAGAGUGCUCAGGUUUCCUUGCACUUCCCUGAGUGAUGCUGCAAAGUCCAAGUUAACUAAGGGAGUUAACAUUUGCACAGGUCUCCCUAUAAGCACAAGGAGACUGUAAUCAGGGCCCCAUGUAUCUGCUACUCUGCAGAACCCACUCCCUGGCUGUGCUUCCUUUUCUGUUCGCAGAAAUACGCUUGUAGCCCUGAUUGACAUGUAUCUGGUGCCAUGUGGCCUGACCUAGUCUUUAGACAGCCUACAAUGAUCAUUCUAGAUGUGAACCCCUUGAUGCCAAAUGGGUGUUGACUCUGAAACCUACUGACUACCAAACAGACAACAACAUUGUUAACUAUUCCACUGCUGAUUUUAGCAGAAAUGUUGCAUUGUAUUGUGCUUUUCUCACAACUCCCAAUUAAAUCCCCAGAUGCCAAAAGUCCCCAACUGCCACCCCACCCCCUCUCCCGAUUGCUCCUGCUUAGCACUUAUGCCUUUUUUGUUACAAAAUUCUGCAGCACAUUGAAAAUGAAGGGCCAUAUUCUUGGCUAGUGUAAAUUGAUGCCUCUUUUGACUGACAUCAGCUGAGAAUUUGAGCUUAAAAUGGCAGGGGCAGCAUCUGAUUAAAUUGGCCAGAGGAUUAGCUAGCACACUUUAUCCCAUGCUGAUUGUGUUAGCCACUGCUCUGUUUAGUUUCAUAGAAACCUUAUUAUUUCAGUGUAUCUGAUGCUGUUUGGGAUUUCCAGUUUUCUGCAUGAUUUGGGGCCUUUUGCGGCAGGAUUUGGGGGCUAGUUUGCUGCAGAUACAUGGGGCCUUCCUCAACUAGGGCAAAUGCCCUCUCUGGCUGUGUAUGUCAGAGAACAUACAGCAUGAUGUGAGUAUGGUUUCAGAUCUGUAUCUGGGACACUUGUAGGGUUGGAUCUGGGGUUUUCAGUCAGCAGGUUAGAAGCUGGGAGUUCAACUGUGAAAUUUGGAACCAAUUCACGUUGCGAUUUCAGAGGUUAUCAAAACUGCUUUGAGCACAUCUGUCUCCAGUAUAUGUGUGGCUAUAAGCCACUGGUGAGUGUCCAUUACAGGCCCCAUCUGUGUCUGAUUCACAGAGGACCUUUCUGCUACAGCCCCAGCUAAGGACUAAUGCUGGGUGGGACUUAUUCCAGAAAACGAUUUGCCAUCAGAAAGCGCCGAUUCAUCAAAACCGAAAUGUCCCAUGGGAAUGUGUCAAUUCUGCUGAAUUUUUCAGUUAGAAAAAAUGGAGAUGAAAACGUUUUGAAAAUGUCAAAAUGUCCCUUUUCGUCAGCCUCGGAACGAAACGUUUCCGUUUCUCAGCUCAGAAUGAUGUUUUCCUUUGGCAGCGUAGCUUAUUUGCUAGCUUUAACGUUUAAAAGGUCAAAAUUGAAAUGAAAUGUUUCAGAUUUACCCAAACAAAAUAUUAGCGAAAAAGAUUUUUGGGAACUGGGUUUGCAAAAAAAAAAAAAAAUGUUGAGAUUUGGAAUUUGGUUUCAAUUUGGGAUGAGAAAAUUUUUGAAAUCGCAAGUUUUGUCUGAGGAUGGGAAAUCCCCAGCAGCUGUAGCUCCCUCUCCUCCCCCUCCCCCCCCC